AUGCUGCUCCGCACCUCGGGGGCAGAGGCGGGGACCAUAAGGGGCCGGGUCGCCGGGCGGGCCGGGGGCGCGUUUGAGGUCGCCCUGGAGACGGGCGCGGGGUCCCGGGAGGCUGUGCCGCGCGUCCGCAGAGGAGGAGCCCGAGGUCCGGGAGGCCCGCGGAGCCGCCGCCCCAGCCUGCGGGUUGUGAUGAUGUCAGGCAUGGCUAAAGACACAACAGCUCCUUUGUGGAAGAAAGGGGGGAGUCUGUCCUCGCUGAGCGGUCACGAGCUCCGGAGGAGGGGAGCCCAGGGGCGCCCCAAGGGCUCCAAGAGCACGGCGUCCUACCUGGAUGAACCUGGCCAGCCUGACGAUGCCUCUCGCCUUACUGUUCAGAUGGGAAACACCUACCAGCUGGGUCCUCCCAAACAUUUUCCCGCGGUCACUGUCAAUCAUAUUUUGAAAGAUGUGUUAACUAACUGUCUGCGAGAAGAGAACUAUGAGCCGGAGCUCUGCGGACAGAGGGCUAAAACGAUUUCCGAGAUUAUCAAAGCCCGGGUCAAGGACGUGAUGGCCCCACGGUAUAAGCUGAUUGUGGUUGUUCACAUCGGGCAGCUGGACGGUCAGAGCAUCCUCAUUGGAAGUCGAUGUCUCUGGGACCCUAAAAGUGACACCUUUUCAUCUUAUGUUUUCAGAAAUUCUUCUCUCUUUGCUCUUGCAAAUGUCUAUGGCGUUUACCUUGAGUGA